UUCCAGUAUCACUUUUUCUGUUUUAUUGCUGUUUUGAUUAAAUUAUAAGACAUGUAUAUAUUUGAUAAUACAAACGAUAUCUUCUGUUUUGAGUGAGGCAAUAAUAUAAUGGUUAUUGCAUGUUACAUGUAACAUGUAACCAACCACUUACAAUCCUUGACAGUUUGCAGAAUCAAUCAGAUCAUAAUAAAUUCUAAUUUAGUAAUAGUUUUAUCAAAAUAAUGAUUCUGCCGUUUUCUUCCCUUUUUGUAGUAAAAAAUAAAUUAACCAAUCUCAACCAAAUUCGCCUAUUAAAACCCUAGCACUUUCUCCAUAUUUUUCACACAAUACAUCACAAGCUUUGUAAAGAGAGAGAGUGUUUAGUUUUUCUUAUAACUUAUAUAUUACAAAACCCUUAUAGCCCCACUCAUAUAUUCAUCAAUGGCUUAUUCUAAGAUUGCACUCCUCCUCAUUUUGAAUGUCAUUUUCUUCACCUUAGUCAGCUCGAAUCCAGUCCCUUACCGCAAACCCACUUGUAAAAAUGCUCUUAAAUUCAAGGUAUGUGCCAAUGUGUUGGAUUUGGUUAAGGUUUCUCUACCACAAAGAUCCAAAUGUUGCGGACUUAUCAAAGGUCUAGUUGAUCUCGAAGCCGCGGUUUGUCUUUGCACCGCCUUAAAAGCUGAUCUCCUUGGCCUCAAACUAAAUGUUCCCAUUUCAUUGAGUGUUAUCUUAAACCAGUGUGGUAAGAAGGUUCCAUCUGGUUUCAAAUGUGCCUAGAGGUGGCACAUUUUUAAACCGAGACGCUAAACCAUUGCUUCAAAAGUUUGUUUCUUGUUUUGAGAUUUCUAUUUGUUUCUACCAGUAUCCAUUGUUGUAAUUUUUACAAGUUUAAUCAAUGAAAUAAGAAGUUUUGGUUCAAAAAAGUUAAAAUCAAAUGUUGCUUAUUCUUUUUAAUAAUCAUCUACUCUUAAUUUUCAGUGUUACGUGUUAUUACAGUACCGUACCAUGAACCUUUUAAUCUUAACAACGAACUUGAAAUAAAUGCAACCGACUGAAUAUUUUACUUAGUAGUUUCUUAUUAGCACGUACUUAAUCAUGCAUGCCAUCAUGGUAUAUAUAUACUCUGUCACUUAUCGCCACAUAUUGAGCAUUUGAAAAAUUAAUAUUCAGAGCAGCAUGAUUUUAAUGAUUGAAUGAGACCCCACCAGCAAGUAUUUAAAUGACCAACACAAGUACAAUGUUUAAAGCAAAAUAUAUUAUUAAUUGUCCUAUUUCCAAAAUUUAAAUAAAAUUACUAGAAAUACUAAUGCAUUAAAUAAUAGAUGAAAUAAAAACAUGUAUUAAACAGAAAUG